GAUAUGCGGAUAGGCUACGCUGCAGGCAUUUGCGUUACCCCUUAAAUGAAACCCGUUCUCGACAGAUCAUUUGUCCUUAUUCUACAGAGAGAGCUGGUUGACAGAAUAAGCAGCUGAACAACUUGGUUAAAAAUGACAGACAUGGACGUGCAUUUGGAAGGGAUAUUUCAACAAAACGGCACGGUCGUUUAUGACGACAAUUAUGAAUACAAGGAUGAGUGUGUUCCCGAGGAGGGAAUGGGCUGGAAGCCGAUCUUCCUUCUGUGGUUGUAUGUCCUGUCAUUGGUUCUGGGCCUGCUGGGAAACGGAGUUGUCUUUUGGAUUAUGGCCCAGAGGAGACGGAGCUGGACCUUGACAGACACCUUCAUCCUGCACCUGGGUGUUGCUGACUGCCUGCUGCUGCUCACGCUGCCGUUCAGGGCAGCUCAGACCUUUCAAUCUCAGGAGUGGAGCUUUCAGCAGCCCCUCUGCAAAGUCACUGGUGCCAUCUUCAAUAUCAACAUCUACUGUGGGGUCCUCCUGCUGGGUGGAAUGAGUCUGAUGUCCUCCCGCAAAGGUUCCUGGGUGGGUCACGUCACCUGCGCGUGCGUGUGGCUCAUCUCCACCCUCCUCUCCGUCCCCAACUGGGUGUUCCUGGGGGUCGUCACCAGCCAAGGCAGAAUGAAGUGCGGCCCUAGCUACCCGUCAGACUCCUGGCACCUGGCGUCCCGCCUGCUCUACCACGCGGCCGGCUUCCUGCUUCCCUCUGCCGUCCUGCUCUACUGCUUCACCUGCAUACUGCAGCGCGGCUGCCAGGUCCUCCAGAAGCACAAGGUGGUCAGGGUCAUCCUGGCCCUGGUUCUGGUCUUCUUCCUCUGCUGGACGCCCUACAACAUCACCCUCUUGGUGGAAACCUUCGGUGUGAAACCAGCGGAGCCUUCAGAAGGAUCCUGCGAGUGGAGAAGGAUAGAGAGCGUUGUGGAGGUCACCGCUGCCGUUUGCUGUUUUCGCGCCUCCCUAAACCCUUUGCUGUAUUUCUUGGUGUGCGGGAACUUUAGGAGGGUGGUGUUGCAGAAGCUAAGGAGACAGAAAGGGGCUCAUAACAAUACGUUUCUGUGGGCUUCGUCUGUGACCGAGCAGACUUCACCCAAGGAGAAUGGGGCCUUGAACCAAAGUCGUUUUCAGCAGGAACAGUCCAUCCACUGCUGACCUGAAGGGCGGAAACAGAAACCCUAUGACUAACAGUGACAGUGGUUAAUCAUACUGGGUCUGUACUUCAGGUGAUGUCAGAGGGUCAUGGGGCCAGUGAGUGGAUUGUCGAUACUGUGUCACAAUGACAGGGUCUGUUCUAUACUGCGAAGGCUAGUUUGUUAUAUCUGGCUUGUGGCCUUUUUUACUGUAAUGUAAAGAUUUCAAAGAUAUUUUAAUUAGUUUGUGCUAUGCUUUUUUUUAAACACAUUUUUGUGGUUACGGAUUUCUUUGAAUUCAGAAUGGUUAUGUAUUAUGAAUUGUUAUAUGAAUAUAUUUUUUCAAUUAUUGUUUUAUUCACCACUUUGAAGUGGCGAAUAACAUUAUUGCGCCACAAAUAUAAAAUUAAUAUAAUAAUUUAAAGGAAAGGUUAAUGAUGUGAUAUGCACCAGAAGAUAAUUAAAUAAUUGUUACAGUGUUAUAGUUUUAUUGUAUGGUACAUCUAAGUAUAUGUCCUGUUGUGAUUCCAUAUAAGGACUUUCUAUUUACUCUCUAGGUAUAUUGGAAAUGUCCCGUGUAAAUAUUCAGACCGUACUGGGUACUGGGGAAUUCCCAGGGUAGUUUUAGGCAGCUCAGCUCCCUAGUUACUCAACAUCAGGCCCUGGGACUUCCCUCCAGACACAAGUCUCAGACACGUUGUGUUAAGACAGUCUCUUGUUGCAACAGGAAGGCAUUUCUGGGCCUUUCUGCAGAUUCUGACAUCAUGGGUCAGGUGAUGAGAAGAGAAUAUGUGGGAGAAUCGAGGAAAAAAGCUUCAUUUGCUGGCCCUGUGCCCGUUAUUACAGAGUGAGUAUCUCUGAGGGCCGUCUGAAUGCUUGUGUCUGAAAACAAACGCUUGCUUUGUGCACUCAGUCCUAUAGUGUGGGAGACAACAGAGGGAAGGAAGCUAAGGGACUGGGAGGGGAAACAUUCAGAAAGCUAUCAUUGGAUGAAGAUUGUAAGCUGUGAUGUGAUUAUCUUUAGUCUCAGGGCAGGUCUGGUCUAGUCAGUGUUAGUGUGCAAUGCAGUAUUUAAAGAAAAAACGUCCAUUUGUCUCUUACGUGCAAAUAUUUCCGAUAAAUGACAUCAACCCACAC